CCCUCCCCUCCCAGUGCUUCUCACCCCACCCCCCCCUCCCCUCCAUUCUCCCGCUUCCCCAACUGUUCCCGCGCUCGAGAUCCUGCUGAAGUUCGCGCGUUUAAUGAAUCAAAUUGGGAGUUUGAAGCUGUGGUGACUGGCGCGCGAGGUACGACAGCUUGGAGUUAAUGAGGAUGCUAUGGUUUAACGAUGGAAGAAGAAAGUAGUGACACAGAUUUAAAUAACGAUUCAUUUGAGCUGCCAGUUUUCAGCUUUACUGGCCUUCGAAACCACACAGCCUAUGAUGGUGCAUUUGACUUCAAGCACAGAACUCCAGAACAUACAAACUCAAUUGUUAUAGAAGGUUCAGACUCUGAAAAUUGUGACCUUCCAUUGUCCAAAACUGGCUGUUCUCAGACAAAUCUUAGCCACUCUGUUAAAUGCUUGCCUAAAGAAGUGGUAACAAUUGUGAGUAGUGAGAGUGAUUGUGAUGAGGAUCUUAUUAUCCCUCUCGCAGAGAGACUGGAAAGAAAGCUUACUAGAAACCAAAAUGUGAAUUCUGACCACUCAACUUGUAAAUCUAGUCAAGAAAAGUCCAACCCUAACUCUUCCGUUGAUGCUUCAAUUCCCAUUAAUCCUCAACUUAGCCAAGGUGAUUCUGAAAUUAAGGAGACAGAAAUUGCUCAGCUCAGUGCAGGCCAAGGCACAGAAACUGUUUAUGUUAGACGGAAAGCUUUUCCUUCAUAUCGUACAUGGAACAUUUCAGAUUCGGAUGAGGGAGAAGAAGCGCGUGUAUGGCAACCAACAACAUCACAUAUUCCAGAUUCAAAUUCAGCUCAACUGCAUGGUAGGAAUGCACCAUCCUCUACAAAAACAGCAUCAGAUUUAUCCCAUCCACAGAAAAAACUGAAAAGGAAUGUAGCAGAAAUAGAAAAUGCUCGAUCAGAGGCACUGAGAAAGCAGCAAGAAAGAGAGCAACGGCGAGCAGAAAAAGAAAAUAUUCGGCAGCAGAAAGAAGAGGAAAAAAUGAUGAGAAAGCAGUUAGCUGAGAUUGAGAAAAUGUUCAGGCCAGGGGAAUGUCUCAAGCACAUGCUAGUCUGCAUUGAUCCAGGACUGCUUCAGAUAGAUGGUGGUGGACAACUGCUGAGCACUCUACAGACAAUGGAGGUUAAGUGUAUAAUAGAAAAUCAGACUAUUCCUCAUAGUGUGACCUGGAGGAGAAGACAGGCUUGUAUUGCAGGGCAGCUGAUGAAUGAAAAGACUGACUGGGUGGAGGAGCUUCAUGUUUUGAUCUAUAUUCCACUGGAAAAGUUUGUAUCUAUGGUUUACAACUAUAAAAAGGAGGUUCAAGGUGUUUCUACCGAAGGCCAUACAACAUUACAGAGCUUUGCUCUCGAUAUUCUCCAGAAAAGUGCAAAUAGAUUUCCGUGUUUUGUUGUUGUGGAAUUGGAAAGAUAUUUCAGGCCACAGAAGAAAAAACGGUCACAGAAGAAGCACCAGCAUACAGUGACAAGUGAAGAACAAGACAAAGAGAGAAAGGCAAAGAGCUGUGACCAACAUCUGCCUUUAAUAUCACGAGCAGAUGUAGAAUUAGCCCUAGUGCACUUGCAGCUGUCUGUUGGCACUCAAUUCCAAUUACUGGAGAAUUGGAAGGAAUUUGCAGAUUAUAUCAGCAUGUUCACCAAAGCUGUAGCUGAGGCCCCUUUCAAGAAAGCUCGAGAGGACAACGGAUUAUCUGUGCACUUGGAGAAUGAUGGUUCCAGAGGGGUAAAAGCGGAUCGUUCAAAGAAAGGUCUCCUGAUCGUUUGGAAGAAACAGAUUCAGCAAUUAAACAGAGUUAGCUCUGAGAUGGCAAAUGCUAUUGUAUCAGUCUAUCAGUCACCAUGGUCACUUACUCAGGCAUAUCGAAUGUGCAGUUCAGAACGAGAGAAGGAGAAUCUGCUUGCUGAUAUUCCUGUUCGACGUGGAGAAGGAACAACGUCAUCAACACGAAGGAUUGGGCCUGAGCUGUCAAAACGGAUCUAUUUGUUAAUGACUUCAAUGGAAUCUGAAACUUUUCUUGAGUAACAGUGACAAAUCCCCAGGGCUUGUGGCAGAAGACAGAGGGAUCUGACACCAUUUAGAGUUUUGAUUCCUUUCCUUGGAAUGUUGUCAUCAUCAAAUGGAAGGCCGAAGGUCUUAAGAAGAGUUUUGUAGUUUCACAGUAGGAGAAUUGUGCCGAAAUCAAUUACUACAUUUUAAGUUAGUACCACUGCAGUCGUGGUCUCAGUACAAUUCCUCUGUGGUUCAGUUUUAUUGGAGAAUUAUAGUUCUUCUACACAAUGUAUAGUGUGUUUAGAGUUAUGCAAACAUGUAUGUCCACCUCUCUUAAUCAGUGCAUGGACAACAUUGGUUAAUAAGACUUGCUCUUUUUUUGUUCUUCCUGCUACUUGUUCCUUGAUGAUAAGGCAGGCGAAGCAUUAUUCCCUGGGUUCCCCACCAAGGCUGCCACAAAACCAGGCAAUGGGAGAGUGCCCUGCCCAUAAUGAUAUUGUAGAGAUCCGUGUGAGACAGUGAUUCGCAUUGUCAUUGUCAUUGUAAUAUGAAGAUGACUCAUUAUAGAUUCUUUCUUUCAUUAAGCAUGGUAGAAAUGUGCCUUUUUAUAAAAUUAAUAUUACCCAGUAAACCCCUAAUUAUUUGGACAAUUGCUUUAAGUAACGUCUCUGGGGUACUAGACCUGCACCUUGGGUUGAUGUGGAGACAGGCUGCUACCUUUCUUACUCCAAUGCAUUAAAUGGCUAUAGCCUGCUUCUGGGUUGAUCCAAUCCUUACUCAAGCCCAGCACAUUUGAGACAACUUGCAUCUGGGCAGUAGUCACCUUAGGAAUUGGGGUGCAUAUUACCAUCAAAGGGAGUAAGAGUGUGCCUUCAGCUGUGGAAGUUCCUUGAGAGGUGCUUCCAUUGCAUGUAGCCUGUUCCUCCUCAUUUUGGAGGCCUCACAUUAAAUUCUGUGUUCACCUGAGUUGGUUGAGCUUCUGAAAAUCUGGCUGGUCCAUCUUAAACACACAUUUAACAUAUGGGUUAGUCCAUGUUCACACCUGCAUCCAGUGAGUGCUUUUUUCCCAGUGCCACACUCCGGAGGACACUGCAAGUAUUUACUAGGGAUAUGAAACCACUUGUCAUCAGCUCAAUCUUAUGCUGCUCAGAUUCACCAUUUACAUGGAGCUGAAAGCUAUUGGUACUUUCGUCAUUCCUUUGCAAGGAAGUGAUGGCACCUGUCACUGCCUUUGCUAUCCCCUCUUUACAUAUCUAAAACACUGACCAGAUUGUUGUACGAGUUGAAUCGAUUGAACAGAGUGUAUCAGUACUAGUGGAGGAAGUGCAAGCUAAAUAGAAUGCUGUAGUGUCUGCCUAAUGGAGUUGCAAUCAUGAGCUACCAAGUGUGCUUGUCUCCUUUGUUUUUGGAUCUGAUGGAGAUAAAAUAUUAAAGUAAAACACCAAAUCCUCCAAACAAGGUCUCUUGUUUUCUCCCCUUAGCAAGCAGUGUUAAAGGCAUUCACAAGUACUUCAUACUAAUGUUUAGGGACUGUUGAACACAACUACAUCUUUAUUCCCAUUCCAUGCCAUCCACAAUGCCAUUAUCAACUGCAACAGGCUGCUGUGUAGUGAUCCAUCUGAUUUGCAUAGCCUGUUCUCCUGUUGAUAUCAAGUGGCAUUCUGGGCAGACUGCUGCACAGUUAUGUUUUAAAAAUCCAUGUCUGUGAGAUCUGCUGGCACUUAGACCCACCAGCCAGUGUUAACUAGAUGGUUCCCUCACUGGCAGCCUCUGAUUUGACUUCCGAUAAUACAGUGCAGGCAGGGGAAGUUCUGCUGCUUACCCAGGUGUGCUGAUGACACAUAUUUCCAUCUGGAUUUCGGUCUUCCACAGAUCUGACCUGUAUUUAGUAAUGGGUAAGAUCGUUUAGAUACCAAAACAUGGAAUAAGUAAGACAAUCAUUACAUCUGGCAGCUUUUAUAAGAAAAUAUUUCCCGAA